UGUGCUCGACGUGUAGCGAAUCGGAAGUAGGACAGAGAUACAUUUUGAUAAAAGAAUUCAAUAGGGAUGGAUAGACAUUUGGAUCACAGUGCAUUAUUGACGAGAGUGCAUGUUCUCGUACUUUUUUUAAUAAAUUUUUAAAAAUAAAAAUAUAGAAACGAACUAAACUAUACUCAUAAUCAGUGAAAUAUUCACUUUUCCUUCCACGUGACUUUCUAACUACGCUAACAAAUCGACGCAAUAGGAGCUUCUUCAAAAUCUACAGCUUCUUCGAAAGAUCUUUUCGACUUUGCCUUAUAUUUGCAACUCAUUUUUGAAAUAUUCUUUUUUCAAAAAUGGCAGACUUUUUAGAUUCUGAAGCGGAGGAAAGCGAGGAGGAGGAGGAACUUGAUCAAAAUGAGAAAAAAAAAUUGAAAAAGAUAAAGGCUGUCGAAGAAAGUGACGAAGAAGACGAAGAUGACGAAGAAGAAGUUCAAGAUUUGAUCGAUGAUAAUCCAAUAGAAGAAGAGAGUGAUGCAGAGGACAGUGAUACUUCGGGUGGUACAAAAAAAAGAAAAAAGAGUGACGAUGAAGAUUUUGAUGAUCGACUGGAGGAAGAAGAUUAUGAUUUGAUAGAAGAAAACUUGGGUGUCAAACUUGAAAGAAAACGCAGAUUUAAACGUUUAAGAAGAAUACAAGAUGAAGAAUCAGAAGAUGAACAGGAAAAGGAACCAGAAGAAGAACGAGAUGCCAUUGCUACGGAGCUAUUUGAAGGCUCUGGUGAUGAAAGAGAAGUCUUCAUGGAGGAAGAACGACGAAGUGAACGUAGUCAUAGACCAGAAGUGGAGACUCUUGAUGAAGAAGGAAGUGAAGGAGAUGAUGACAUGAAUGAUUUUAUUGUUGAUGAGGAUGGAAGAUCACUUGCAGAAAAACGUAUGAAAAAGAAACCAAUAUUCUCAGAUGCUGCAUUACAAGAAGCACAAGAUAUUUUUGGAGUAGAUUUUGAUUUUGAUGAGUUUGGUAAAUUUGGAGAAGAAGAUUAUGAAGAAGAGGAAGAGGAAGAAGAAGAAGAUGAAUAUUUGGAUGAUGAUGUUGAUGAAAGACCAAGAAGACCAAAGAAACCAUUCAAAAAGAAAAGCACAAGAAAAAGUAUCUUUGAAAUAUAUGAGCCAAGUGAACUGAAGAGAGGUCAUUUCACGGAUUUAGAUAACGAGAUUCGCAAUACAGACAUUCCUGAACGAAUGCAGCUUCGUUCUGUUCCUUUUACACCUGUAGCUGAAGGUUCUGAUGAAUUAGAUCUUGAAGCAGAAUGGAUAUACAAACAAGCAUUUUGCCGACCUACCAUUUCUGUUCAAGAUGCUCACUUAAAUGAAGAAGCUAAAGAAAGAGCUAAGAAAGGCCCACAAACUAUUGGAAAAAUCAAAAAGGCUUUAGAUUUUAUGUGUAAUCAAAAUUUUGAAGUACCUUUCAUCUCAUUUUACAGAAAAGAAUACGUGCUUCCAGAACUAAAUAUCAAUGAUUUAUGGAAAGUAUAUAAAUUUGAUGCCAAAUGGUGUCAGUUACGUCAACGAAAAGAGAAUUUAUUAAAAUUAUUUAAAAAGAUGAGAAAUUAUCAGUUGGAUGAAAUUAUGAAAAACCCUGAUGCUCCAUUACCAGAUAAUGUGAGAGUAAUAAAAGAUGAUGACAUUGAACGUCUUAAAAAUAUUCAAACAAGCGAAGAGUUAAAUGAUGUUUAUCAACAUUUCAUGCUUUAUUAUAGCCAUGAGAUACCAAUAAUAUUUAUCAACACAUUGAUUUUAUGGAUAGGCAACGAAGAAUUUGAAGAUUUAGAUGAAAUAAUUGCCAGACAUGUCAAUCCAAUGGCUGCAUAUGCUUCGGAAUUAUUAGAUUUUAAAUAUUACAAAGUAAACGUGGAAGGUGUAAAAGAUAAAGCCGAAGAUAUAUUAAAAGAACAAAAGAAACAAAAUCCAGGUGGAAUUCCAUACAUUAUAUCUGCAGCUAAGAAUUAUCCAGGAAAAUUCCUCCUUUCAUAUUUACCCAGAAUUCGAUGCCGUCAUGAAUACGUUAGCGUUUCACCAGACGGCUUUAAAUUUAGAGGACAAAUAUUUAGUAGAGUAAAUGAUUUAUUCCGUUGGUUCAAAGAACAUUUUCGAGAUCCUAUACCUGGCCAAUCUACACCAGGUACUCCACAUGGUGCUUUGACUUCCAGGACACCGUAUCAUGCUACACCUGGUACAGUCACGGGAAUGAAUCAAGAUGCAAUACAAAGAGUGGCACAAAAUUUACCACAUCAUAUGUUACAUUCCCUCUCGCAAGUAGCAAAUCAGACACCACAUCAUUACCCACCACAUACUCCAGGUGCAGCAAGUACCACAGCUUAUGGUGGAAUGCAUACAUAUCCAAACACACCUUAUACUCCUUCCGGACAAACUCCAUUUAUGACACCGUACCAAACACCUCAUCAUACUCCACACCACGCACAACAGACACCAAACCAUCAUCAAGGCCCAUUUUUACAUCCAGUAUCAUCAUCAAUACCAACUGUAACUCAGAGAUCAAUACGAUCUCACAGACCUACUCCAUCUAUGUCUACACCUUCAUCUGGGGAUGCCAUGGAUUGGAGUAAAGCAGCAGAAGCAUGGGCUCGUUUAAAACAAUCCACUCCACGAGGAUCUGGUAGCACUCCGAGAUAUGAAGAAUCCAGAAAAACACCACGAAAUUAUGAAGAUUCCGCUGGAAGAACAACUCCAAGAAAUAGAACUCCGUCUAAUCGCACGCCAUCCUAUAAAUCGCCACGAGGCACACCAUUUACUAAUUCUAGUCCGCGAAGUAUGUCUCUUAGUGGAGAUGGUACUCCUUUAUACGACGAAAGUUAA